AUGGCGGCGGAAGAAUCCGGCAGCUCGGCGGGGCACCCCCUUCUGGGCCGCGUGGCCAUCGUCACCGGCGGGGCGGGGGAAAUCGGUGGCGCCAUCGCCGCCCACCUCGCCGCCCUCGGCGCUCACGUCGUGAUCAGCUACUUCUCCGGGUCCGGCCAGGCCGACCGCCUCGUGGGGGAGAUCAACGCAUCCCCGUCGCCUUCGCGGGCGAUCGCCGUCAAGGCAGACGUCUCCAAGGCGGCGGAUGUGAAGGCCCUGUUCGACGCGGCGGAGGAGACCUUCGGCGGCGCCGCACACAUCCUCGUCGCUUGCGCCGGCGUGCUGGACUCCAAGUACCCGACGCUGGCGGCCACGCCGGAGGAGGAUUGGGACAAGGCCUUCGCCGUGAACGCGAAGGGGACCUUUCUGUGCUGCCGCGAGGCGGCGAACCGGCUGGUUCGCGGCGGCGGAGGGAGGAUCGUCACCAUCUCGACGGGGCUGGUGAAGGCGCUGCAGCCGCACUUCGCGGCGUACACAGCAUCGAAGGCGGCGGUGGAGGCGACGACGAAGAUCUUGGCGAAGGAGCUGCGGGGGACGCAGAUAACGGCCAACUGCGUGGCGCCGGGGCCGAUGGACACGGAGAUGUUCCACACGGGGUUGACGGAGGACAUCGUGAAGAUGAUAGUGGGGAUGGUCACUCUGGGAAGGCUGGGAAAGCCGGAGGAGAUCGCCGCCGUGGUGGGCUUCCUCACCACUGACGCCGGCGGGUGGGUUCACGGCCAGGUCAUCGGCGCCAACGGCGGCUUCAUCUGA